AUGGAUGAUGGAGUUAAUGGUAGUGGUCAAGGACACAUUAUACCUGAAAUUGAUCUUUAUCUCCAUUUGAUGGUGAUGAUAUAUUUAUUGGAUAAAAAAGAUUUCGAAAAGGGUAUUCAAUUGUCCAAUGAAACACGCCUAAAGAUCCAAAAAUUAAAUCGACGUACUUUGGAUCAAUUGUCUGCUCGUAUUUAUUUUUAUUAUGCAAGAUUUUAUGAGUUAACAGGAAAUUUGGGAGAAAUAAGACCAGUUUUGUUAGCAGCUCAUAGAACAGCUACAUUGCGACAUGAUGACGAUACUCAGGCCACAUUACUCAAUCUUUUAUUGAGAAAUUAUUUCCACUAUAAUCUUUAUGAUCAAGCUGACAAACUUGUCACUAAGACCACUUUUCCGGAAUCAUCUGCUAACAAUCAACAGGCUCGAUAUAUGUAUUACCUAGGACUUAUCAAGGCCAUUCAGCUUGAUUAUACAGCUUCACACACUCAUCUGUUACAAGCAAUUCGUAAAGCACCUCAAAAUUAUACUACAGCUGGCUUUCAACAAACAGUUUAUAAAUUAUCAAUUAUUGUACAACUACUUAUGGGAGAGAUUCCUGAACGAGCUUUGUUUAGACAACCUGUAUUAAAGAAACCAUUGGUUCCAUAUUUAAAGCUUGUUCAAGCUGUAAGAAUUGGUGAUUUAUCAAAAUUCCAAGAGGCCUUGGCAAAAUAUGCUGAAGUUUUUCGUAAAGACAAAAAUUAUACAUUGAUUUUAAGGCUUCGACAUAAUGUAAUAAAAACAGGAAUUAGAAUGAUUAGUUUAUCAUACUCGCGAAUAUCUUUACGUGAUAUUUGUUUCAAAUUACACCUAGACAGCGAGGAAGAUGCUGAAUAUAUUGUUGCAAAAGCUAUACGUGAUGGUGUUAUUGAUGCUACUUUAGAUCAUGAAAAAGGAUUUAUGAAAUCAAAGGAAAAUGCAGAUAUUUAUUCAACCAAUGAACCACAAAUUGCUUUUCAUCAACGUACUAGUUUUUGCUUAAAUCUUCAUAAUGAAUCAGUCAAGGCAAUGAGGUUUCCACUCAAUGCACACCAAGGAAAAGUUGGAGAUUUCAAUGUUGUUGGUGAUGACAGAUGA